AUGAUCCCGAUUCUGGACAGCGGCUGCUGCUCGAGCUGCGCGGCAGAGGCCCAGCCUCCGAAGGAGGUCGUGACCGCCGGACCAGGACUGGAAGGAGCGCCGGUGCUGAAAGAGGCCUCUGAAACCUCGCAGCCUUCACAGCCGGAUGCACUGACACCGGUGUCUCCGAGAAGUCUGCUCCGGAUGAUAACCGACGACUCCGUGGUGGACGUCUCCAUCAAGUCGGAGCGACUGGAGAGUUUGACCAAUCCCAAGCUCGAGCAGGGCAUGAUCCGGGCGAUCACCCUCCGCAAGUCCAUACGGCAGAUGGGGCGUCUUUGGCGCAGACCUUUGCUGCCAAUGCCUGAGGAGCGCCUGAUGGACCUUUACGAGUGGUCCCAUCCGGCAGAGGAGUACGACUACUUCCUGUCACACACCUGGGAGACGUGGGGUGGUCUGAAGUAUAUCUCCCUUUUAAUGCACUCCAGCCAUCGCUUUCUUCUUGGCUGCUGGCUGUCGGCCGUGGUGCUUUGCUGGUGUGUCUGCCUGAUGGAUUUACUCCCCACCUUCGGCCACGUGAACCCGGAAGCCCUUGAUUGGUGGGCCGAGGGCGAGGGCUGCCCGACGGGGCCUUGGAUUAUUUGCAGCGGUUUUAUCUCAGUGAUCGUGGGGCUUCUGCUGGCGCCCUAUCUUCCCGAUUCCUGCAGCAGGUCUGACCAUUGUUUUAUGGAUGCGGUGUGCAUCCACCAGGCUGACCCGGAAAAGAAAAGGCAGGGCAUCGAUGCCAUUGCUGGCUUUUUGAGUGUUUCUCGACAGCUUCGGAUUUUGUGGUCCCCUUCUUACCUCUCUAGGCUUUGGUGCGUCUUUGAAAUCGCCGCCUACCGGAAGGUGAACCCUCGUGGGCAGGUGGUGCUCGCACCGCUCUUCUUGGAGCGAAUGGUGCUCUUGACCCUCAUCACAUCCUAUGGCAUAGCAGGUCUGUUGUGGACACUCGGCGUACAGAGCUACAACGACACGAUCUAUGCACUGUCUCUGUCACCAAUGUUGUUACUCAUCCACGCGCUCCGCCGGAACGCCACCGGCAAGACCAAGCUCUUCGAAGAGUUGGUGGCUCGACUCAGUGCCGAAGGCUCUGCGGAGCGCUUCAAAGUGCUGAGGCGCGCCGUGGAGGGAGCCUGGUUCGAGCAUGGCUUGUUUGGUGCACAGGCCAGGAAGGCCCUCAUUUUCCUUCACGUGCCCUUGUUCGAAGCGGCCACGAAAGCCAAGACGGUCGUUUGGAAUUCCGAGGAAGUCUUGCAAGUCCUUCACUCGCACAGCGACACGGUGGUCGCGGUUUUUGCUGGCCACGAUCACAACGGAGGCUACGCCGUCGAUGCGGCAGGCAUACACCACAUCACCAUGAACUCGCCGUUAACAGCUGAGCCGGGCAGUGACUGCUAUGCAGUGCUAGAGUGCCACUCUGAUGGGUGGGCACAUUUUCUCCCGCACGGACGGGCCUGCGUUGAGAGCAACACCGACGGUGCUGGGCAAGCGUAUCCGCAGCUCAUUCUGGCUAAAGGCUCCAAGAACCUGCCCGGUGACGAGCGGUCUCCAGGGGCCGACAGUCAG